GAGUCUUCAAUAUUCGUGUUGCUUUUCGCAACCACUGAAUACCAUCUGGCAUUAAGCAGCAGCUUCCACAUGGCUCCGUAUUGUGAAAAACUGAUUUCUACCAAGGUUCCAUUUGUUUAUUUUGGCAAACGGCCUGAAGCAGACAUGGUCGAAAAUAACAUGGAAAAGAAAGUAAAUGAAACACUGGUUCGAAGAACAUAUGAAAUCUUCAUUGGACUUGAAGAUGCUGAUGACGCUACGAGAUCUGCUCUGCUCGAUUUCAGUAUGCACAUGGCUGGGAUGAACGUCGAUUCGGCGUACAAGUCUCUUCAGAACAUAACGAACAAAGCGGUUUGGAUGAGCCUGGCAAGAAUGUGCGUGAUAACGGAACGCCUCGACAUGGUCAUGCUGUGCUUAGGAAAGAUGCAAAAUGCUAUGGCUGCUAGGGCAGUGCAGCAGAGUAUGCUGAAGGAAAAGCAGCCAAAACUUCACUUGGCUGAAUUAGCAGUGCAACUAGAAAUGAUAAGUUGUCAAUUCUGUGUUUGCCUGUUGAAGGACCACGCAGUGAAACUACUAACCGAGUGUCAACGCUACGAUGUUCUCAACCGGUUAUAUCAAGCUCGAAAUGACUGGACCAAAGCAAUUGAAAUAGCAGAAAAAUAUGACCGCAUACACUUGAAGAAUACUUAUUACGCGUAUGCAAAACAUCUGCAGUCCAGUGAGGAGUGGGAAGCAGCAGUGGAAUACAACGACAGAAACCUCCUUCACUGGUGGGCGAGAUACCUUGAAAGUCUUGGUGAUAUUAAAGCUGCAAAAAAGUAUUAUCAAAAAGUAGAAGACACGCAGUCGGUGGUUCGUCUUCUGUGCCAUAUAGAAGAACAUGAUACAGCAAUGAAGGUUGCUAUGGAUACUAAGAAUAAAGCAGCCUGCUUUUAUCUUGCACAAUAUUAUGAAAAUGCAAAUCAAAAAGAAACUUCACUGAAGUUUUACACGUUGGCCGAAUCAUACGGUAACGCAAUACGGAUUUGCAAGGAGGUUGGCAUGGUAGACGAAAUAACACAGCUUGCGAUGCUUGGUACGAAAAAAGAUAUGAUUGAUGCCGCUAAAUUUUACGAAGAAGAGGGGCUUCACGUGGAUCAGGCAGUUAUGUUGUACCAUAAAGCUGGCAUGUUUGCGAAGGCGUUGGACUUGGCGUUCAGUACCGGCGAGCUGAGUGCCUUGAAUCUCAUUGCGGUCGAAGUUAACGAUAAAAUGGAUCCAGCGAUUUUGAAACGGUUUGCCGAGUUCUUUAUACAAAAUCAUCAAUAUCUGAAAGCCGUUCAGGCAUUGGCUAAUGCCAGACAGGCAUAUAACACACAGAGGAUUGAAAUAAUUUGUUUAAAUUUGACAACGCUUUCAGAAUUUUUACCUCAUGCUGCAACCCGCAAUGAGCUGCUGAAGAAGUUGGCUGAUUAUUGCACCCAGCAGGGUCAAUACUACAAUGCGGCAAAGAAGUACAUUCAGAGCGGUAACGAAAUUCUGGGCAUGAAAGCGUUACUGAGGUCCGGAGACAAGGACAAAAUUGUCUUCUUUGCAAACACAGCACGCUCCAGGGAAAUUUACAUCAUGGCAGCAAAUUAUUUGCAAACCUUGAACUGGAAAGCGCAUCCGGACAUAAUGAACAACAUUGUUCUAUUUUACAAACGUGGACGUGCCAUGGAUCUUUUAGCCAGCUUUUACAAAUUUAACACACAGCGCCAUCAGCCGCACUAUGAGUUGUUUUUCACCUGGGGUCUCGCAAUGGCACUCGCGCCUAGCCACAACAAUGCCCUGGUGCACGCAGCACACAUGUCAAAUGCGGCAAACAUCGAGAUCGAAGAAUGCCAAAACUAUGAACAUGCCAUGUCUGCCUUAUAUCAAGCAUUAGAGUACUUGGAAAAGUCAGGAGAAGCAUCGGCAAGCGACAACACAAGAGUUCUGCGACAAGAAAUACAUGGAAGAAUAUCAACGAUCAAGAAAUUCACUGACCUCAAAAAGUUACUUGAAACUAACAGAAGCGAAGCGAUCGUACGACUUGUCGACAUGACUGGCACAAAGGGCGAAGAGACAACGGUGAAAGUCAGAGAUAUUUACGCUCUAUUAAUCAACGACUGCUUGCGGAACAACGAGUCUGAAAAGGUAAAAAGUACUUGCAAACUAUCAACUUUUUAUGCAACGGAUCUUAUCAACUGGUUCGUCCCGGGACUCAUGCAGAGGAGGAAUGAGGCAUGUUUUUUGACGUUUAAAGCAACGGUUAAGUGAAU